CACACAUCCUCCCAUCACCAUGGAUUUCGAUCAAAUCUUGGCUAAAUGUGGCGAUUUCAAUCGCUAUCAGCUCCUUAUCCUGACUCUUUUUGGAGUCGUCAAUGUCAUUGUAUCAAUGCAUUAUUUUACCCAGACUGUGAUAAGUUUUGUACCGGACCAUUGGUGCUAUCAUGAGAAAUUGGAGAAUAAAACCUACGACGAGAUAGCGGCGAUUUAUUCCAAAUUCCCCAAUCCCUCAUGCACGAAGUUGGCUGAUAUUGAUGGUAUGAAUGCCACGGCGAGCACGGAGCGAUGUGAUCGAUGGAUAUAUAAAUAUGAUUUCGGAUAUCGAAGUAUGAAUACAGAGUUAAACUGGGUCUGUGAGUCCUCGUACAAGGCCCGCAUUGGCCAAUCUUUGUUCUUCAUAGGGUCCGUGGUGGGCACCUUGUUCUAUGGUUUGUUGUCGGAUAAAAUUGGUCGCCUGCCAGCCUUGAUUUUGUCCAAUCUCUCCGGGUUUAUUGGGGACUUCUCCACCAUAUUCACCACCAGUGUUACCACAUUUACCCUGUGCCGAUUUAUCUCUGGCCUUGCGGCUGAUACCAACUUCUAUCUCAUGUAUAUUAUAGUUUUAGAAUACCUACGCCCAUCGAUGCGCACAUUUGGCCUUAACAUAGCCGUGGGAAUUUUCUAUACCCUGGGCUUGGUAUUCACACCCUGGUUGGCUGUCUUGGCCGGUCAUUGGCAAUACUACUUGGCCAGUACUUCUAUACCCAUCCUAUCGAUUGCCUUCUAUUAUUUUAUAGUUCAGGAAAGUGCCCAAUGGCUGGUGACCCGCAAUGAUGUUGAUGGUGCCAUCAAAAGACUGAAACGUGUUGCCCGCUUUAAUGGUCGUAAAGUUAGUGUUACCGAAUUUGAAGAAUUCCGUAAAUACUGUGAAAAACAGCAUCAGAAACAGGGUGGUGAUGAUCAGAAACAUUCAAAUUUGAUUGAUAUGUUCCGCACGCCGAGGAUGAGGAAGCAUACGUUGAUCCUGUUCUUUAAAUCAAUGGUCAUCACGCUGUGCUAUGAUGUUGUCUCCCGCAACGUUGAGGGUAUGGGCAUAUCACCCUUCAUCAUGUUCUCCCUAAGUGCUUUAGUGGUGCUACCCUCCAGUUUAAUGUUGGUUCUGCUACAAGAUCGUAUUGGCCGUAAGGGUAUGGCAUCCGGUUCCUUACUUGUAGGUGGUUUCUUUACUGUAGCUGCUGGUAUAGCUAUAGCGUAUCAAAAACAAAAUCAUAAUGCCAUAUUAUUGGCAUGUCUGACAAUAGCUGCACGUUUUGGUGUGGCCAUCUCCUAUGAAUCGGGUUCACAAUAUGCCACAGAGUUGAUACCAACAUGUGUUCGAGGUCAGGGUGUGGCUGCGGUACAUGUGGCCGGUUUUGCGGCCUCCUUUUUGGCACCUUACAUUUUAUGGUUGGGUACAUUCUUUAAGGCGGCACCAUCGAUGAUUUUGGGUGUGUUGUUCUUUUCCGGAUCACUGGUGUGCCUCAUGUUGCCAGAGACGUUGAAUAAGACCCUCCCCAAAACCCUGGAGGAAGGUGAGGAAUUCGGCAAAGGCGAAAGCAUGUUCGAUUUCCCUUGCUUAUCGAAAAACAAAACGGAAGAAGAUUCUGAGUCCGAAAUGGAACCCUAUAGUAAACGUAAGGAGUCCCUUACAGCCGGCCUGGAACAUGGUAAUGGUAAUGUCCAUCCUCUGCGCCAAGAUUUAAUUGACGACAAUAGCAACAGCUGUACAUAG